CUGCCUUUUAUUCAUCGCCUAACCAACUCUGCAUAAUUAGCCCUUUUUUAAUUCAUAUUCGUAGCCGCUCUUCUAUCUCCGGAAUUUAUAUUAGUUUCGCCGUUGUUUCCUGUCUUCUGACUCCGUCGAUAUUUCCCCUCUCCUUAAAGAUUCUUUCUCCUCUUGUUCCCAUUUCCCAUCCUUAUCUCCUCUUCUUCCUCCCUCAGGUCAAGGUUUCUUUCAGCGUCAAUUCCAUAAUCCCCUUCCCAAAUUCUGAGACAAAGCUGGUCUGUAAGCGCAGAUCCGGAACGAAGAACAAUAUGGCGGAAGAGCACAGAUGCCAAGCUCCAGAAGGCCACCGACUCUGUGCUAAUAACUGCGGCUUCUUCGGCAGCCCGGCCACCAUGAAUCUCUGCUCCAAGUGCUACAGGGAUUUCCAUUUGAAGGAGCAGCAAGAAGCCUCCACCAGAUCCACCAUCGAAACCGCCCUCUCCUCCCCUGCCGUGCCGUCCUCGGGGUCAACUCUGUUUCCGGGCCCGGAGCCUCCCGUUCCUGCGCCGAUGUUAUCAUUGCCGGCAGUUGCAGUAGAUGCGUCGAGCUCGGCUGCUGCAUCCUCCGGGCCGGAAGUGGCGACCGCGCAACCGAACCGAUGCGCUACAUGCCGGAAACGGGUCGGGCUGGCGGGAUUCAAGUGCAAGUGCGGUGUCACGUUUUGUGGAACCCACAGGUAUCCUGAGAAACACGGGUGUGGCUUCGAUUUCAAGAAGGUGGGCCGAGAGGAAAUAGCUCGGGCAAACCCUCUGAUCAAGGCUAAGAAGCUCGAAAGGAUCUAACGGACACCGCAUGAUGUUGGGACCACGGCGGUUGAGGAUAAGAUAUUUGAAGAGAAUGAUCGGCAACGUCCACGGGGGACCUCUGUCGUGAUCGUUGGAAGCUUAAUAGGAGGAUGAAUAAUCUCCGGGGGACGAGAUUUUAAGUUUCCGUCGUGUAGAGAAACUAGGAAGGAUGAAAGAGUCAAAGAGUGAUGGGAGAAUUUAUGGCUUUGCUUUGUAAGAAAAAAGAAAAAUUGCCUUUUUCUUGUUUUGCUUGGAAUUGAGAUGUCGGGUCGACCCAAUGGGUGGUUGAAUUGUGAAGCACUUGAGAGUUAAUCUGUCCAUUGCCAAUUCGGCGUGGAAAGCAGUGUUUGUUUUUCCAAUUACGAAAGUGGAUGUCACCUUAUCGUGUUCGUUC